UGCAUCAACUUCCGGUGUCACGGGGUACCUGGGAGACGAAGCAAAAAAAGCGGGCAUACCGAAAUCUUUAUUGGUUUUGUUUGUCUUUACGCACUGGGGAGCGUAUAUAUCAAACGCAUAGAGUCAAAUACUUGCGCACGGUGGAACAUUGACUCUUUGGGAUUAACAUUUUGCUUUGAAAGGGGUCUCAUUCAUUCGCCUCUCGGGCUAGCUAGCCAGCUAACGAUCCUUCCCACCAGUGUCUGGAGUAGCGGGCCUAUUCUUCUGGACUUUGCUACAAGCUAGCUAGCAUUAGCAGGGUAACGCACGCGAACACGUUUUUUCUCAAUGAUUUUGUCUGUUGGGUUGUGAAUAAUCACCACACAGCUGAUGUCUGUGCUGUUUAACGAGUAUUGGAAGUUUUUUUGUUAAGAAGGCCGUUAAGUGAAACGGAAUUGCUUCAGCUACAUCGGCGUGGGACUUGUUAUUUUUGCAAAGUGUUGUUCACUUUGUUGCUAGCUUAAGCUAGCCAUCAUCUACUGAACAACGCAGUCGCCGAAAGUGUAGUAGCCCUCAACUCCCGGAGAUGUCGGACUUUGACGAAUUCGAAAGACAGCUAUCCGAAAACAAACAAGCUGAAAGGGACAAAGAGAACCGCCACCAUCGCCGGUCCUCCUCCCGCAGCCGCAGCAGAGAGAGGAAAAGGAGGAGCAGAGACAGGGAUAGACGCAGCAGGGACCGCCGUGGGGACAGUAAGGAGCGCAGACAUAGACGCAGCUCACCAUCCAGCUACCCUCAAGACAAUGCUGGAAGCCGCUCUCCACACCGUGAGAAGAAGAAGAAGGUCAAGAAGUACUGGGAUGUCCCUCCACCUGGUUUUGAACACAUUACCCCCAUGCAGUACAAAGCCAUGCAAGCUGCAGGCCAGAUCCCAGCCACAGCCCUCCUGCCGACCAUGACUCCAGAUGGCCUGGCUGUUACCCCCACCCCUGUACCUGUAGUGGGCAGCCAGAUGACCCGGCAGGCCCGUCGGCUCUAUGUGGGCAACAUCCCAUUUGGUAUCACAGAGGAGUCCAUGAUGGACUUCUUCAAUGCCCAGAUGCGUUUGGGUGGUCUUACUCAGGCCCCUGGAAAUCCUGUCCUUGCAGUACAGAUCAACCAGGAUAAGAAUUUUGCCUUCCUUGAGUUCCGUUCAGUGGAUGAAACGACUCAGGCCAUGGCCUUUGACGGCAUUAUAUUUCAAGGCCAGAGUCUCAAGAUCCGUCGUCCCCACGAUUACCAGCCGCUGCCAGGGAUGAGUGAGAACCCCAGUGUCUAUGUGCCUGGUACACAGACAAUUAAUGGUGUGGUCUCCACAGUGGUGCCUGACUCGGCUCACAAACUCUUCAUCGGCGGCUUGCCCAACUACCUGAAUGAUGAUCAGGUGAAGGAGUUACUGACGUCAUUUGGCCCCCUGAAGGCCUUCAACCUGGUGAAGGACAGUGCUACAGGCUUAUCUAAAGGAUACGCCUUCUGUGAAUAUGUUGAUGUUAACCUUAAUGACCAGGCCAUAGCUGGGCUGAACGGCAUGCAGCUGGGAGACAAGAAACUGCUGGUGCAGAGGGCCAGCGUGGGAUCUAAGAACGCUACUCUGACAAGUAUAAACCAGACCCCAGUGACACUGCAGGUGCCGGGGCUGAACAGCUCAGUGACUCAGAUGGGUGGCCUGCCUACAGAGGUUCUGUGUCUGAUGAACAUGGUGGCCCCAGAGGAGCUGCUGGAUGAUGAGGAAUACGAGGAGAUCGUGGAAGACGUCAGGGACGAGUGCAGCAAGUACGGCCAAGUGAAGAGCAUUGAGAUACCUCGACCUGUGGACGGCCUGGAGGUUCCUGGCACCGGCAAGAUCUUUGUGGAGUUCAUGUCAGUCUUCGACUCCCAGAAGGCCAUGCAGGGACUGACUGGAAGGAAGUUUGCCAACAGGGUGGUGGUGACCAAAUACUGCGAUCCGGAUGCUUAUCACCGCCGGGACUUCUGGUAGAGAAGGCACGAAGAAAAGACAGGAGGGGGGGUGGGGGGUGGGGGGGUUGUUGUGUACCUGCCAUUCCAAUUCAGCCCCCUCAUUGAUUAGGUCGAUGAAUGAGUAAUCACUUAUGGAUGUCAAAUGUAACAUUUUAAAGUCGUCAUAAAUAUCCAGCUGUCACAGUUUGGAACUGAAAAGGGGGAAGGUUUCUAUGUGGGCUAUAAUGGAGGGGGCUGGGUUUGGAUGGUGAGGUCUUCACUUGGCGGAUGAGGGGGCUAAUUUUUGAGAAACGUGUAAUAAUAGGUCCAGGGUGGGAUGAACAUUUUUUAUACUUUGUGAGACAGGGAUGUCAUUUAUGGGUGGGAGGGGGGUGCCAUACUUUAAGGUUUGUAUUUAAAUGAACGUAGCCUGUUUUAAGUUCAUUAGGGAGGAGCUUCAGUAUGGAACUAACUGGACUGUUGUGAUGGAGAAAACAGGAUUGUUUAUUCGCUAUAGGGGAGGAGUGGGGGAGAUGGAGAGGAAGAUGGGGGCAUUUUUGUUUGACCAUCCAAUGUAGAUACACAGUAGCUGUAACAUCCACUUCAGUUUUGCCGUCGUCAUUUGGAAAGUAAGAGGAAACACCUCAUUUUAGAUUUAUUUUUCCAUGUUUGGACUCAUUUCUUCUUGUUUCUUCAUUUCCAUCAGUCCACCGCCCCCCUCAGGACGAUUGUUAGAACAUCUGUUGUUUAAUUGGACUGUCUGAAUGUUAACUGUAAAUGUUACUCAUACUGUGUGUAGCUUCACUGAUUCGAGCUGUAAUAUCACCUUGUAUUCAGCCGCAGAAUAACAUGAACUGCAGGAAAGAACCGAUUUUCUUUUUUGUUUUCUUUACUGUUUUUUUUUUUUAAACAUCCAUCAUUUGUGCACAGCUUUUUAACAGGUGAGACUGUUUGUGUCUCAGCAGUUCGCCCAAGAGCUCAUAAACAAGAACCCGUGGAGAGGCAAACAGAUUGGAAUUUAAUAAGAGAUUGAUCUCCUCUUUACCAAAAAGCCUUAAUUGUUAUGUCAAAACACUGAAAAGAAAUUCGGCUUUCCCCCUCAUCAUCAAUGAAACCUGUAUGUUCAUAGAUGUCGCUGUCUUGUACUGAAACUUGCAUCACCAGUUUUGAUUCUUUCCUUGUUUCUUGGCAGAUUUGGGCUGUAAGAUGUGUUGGACACGGUUGUUUUUCUGUGCAACGUCUCACCUCUUUGACCAAGACCAAAUAAACACAUGACUAAUACCCACUGCUCAUGUUGUACUGCAAAGUGAAACCAAAACCACACAAAUUCUCCAGGCCUGAUUUCUAAAAAAAAUAAAAAUAAAAAAAUCUCAAACAAGUGAUGUCUUAUCCACAUAAAAGAAUUACAACUGAACACGUAACAGCAACAGCAUGUUUCUGUAAAUUUAAAGCCUGCAGGCAACAAAUUGAUACAUUUCUUUCGAACAAGUUAAAGCAUUUAACAUUUCAGUGUUCAUCUCUUCUUAUUUUAUUAACUGUAGCUAAUGGAGGAGCUAGUUGGGGUGUUGACUGCUUAAACCAAACCUGGAUUUCUCCCAUCUCCCUUGUCUUGAUUCUCUGAGGACCACACGUUUACACUUUACGGGCUGCUUUCAUUUGAUACUUUGCUGACUCAGAACGGCACUGAAGACAGACUGUCAGUGAUAACACUUAUGAGAUGUUACUCCUUACUUUCUGAAACCUGCUUUCUUAGUGUCACUGUGUCAUUACUUUUCUUUUUUCUCUCUCUUGGAAACAAAUGUGAUUUCUUAAAUGAUUUAAACCUAAAAAAAACACAUCUAGUUUAUAAGAGCAAAAACGGUCUUUCAUUUGUCCAAUUUGUUUUAAAAUGUUGAUUAAAAAGCAAAUUUACAUGAAG